GGUUUUAAUAACGAACAACCUUAUCGGCAGAGGCGACCUUACAUACACCACACCAAGGUGUAGUGAGCAAAUUAUGAAGACGACAUAAAUAUAUCAUUUUCUUCGGCGUUCGCGCUCUUGAAGGCCUGAAGGGCAGCCUACCAAUGGAUGACCAUACUUCUCGCUCUGACAGAGCAAAUCAAGAAAAAAUGACCCCUCAUUAUAAAGAAUUGUUACACAACAGAAAUAUUCCUCAUGCUGUGGUAAUGCGGGAAUAUGGGUUUCGCUGUCCCAGUCAGUUGUCCUCAGAGUUUCGAAUUGCUGCUGAAGAACAGUUGAUUAAAAAGAAAAAGAAAGAAAUGAAAUGUGAACUGCCUGAUUUCACUCGCUCUACGUAUCUAAUGGUCUUCAGCCCUGAUGGGAAAAAAAUGGCUUCGUCGCAUGGAAAUCACAAUGUCUAUGUAACAGAUGUCAAAACAGGCAAAAAUUUGAACACACUAACUGGCCAUCCUCGCACACCAUGGUGUAUUGCAUUUCAUCCAUCUUCAAAUCAGAUUCUCGCUUCAGGAUGUUUGGGGGGUCAAGUUCGUGUUUGGGACUUGCAUGGUGGCAGUGAAGUUUGGACUGUAGAAGGGCAAACUUCUAUUGCUUCUCUUGCCUUCCAUCCAUCAGAUCGUCUUCUGGUUAUAGCAUCAUACAAUGAAAUAUAUUUUUGGGAUUGGAGUCAACCAGAGCCAUUUGCAAGGUGUUGUACACUUAAUGAAAAAGAAAAAAUUCGAUAUGUUGCAUUUGAUCAUUCUGGUUCAAAAUUAGUUACUGGAAUAGAGAUACCUAAACCCAUAAUGUCCCAGUGGGACAGAGUUGGGUCUGGAGGCCAAAUCAACCGUUCAACUGGUUUAACCGGACCCCGUCCUAGUGUUCAACGUCCAUUGAGCCCUAGAUACCACGAGCAAUUACAACGAUUGCUUUUAAGGAGUGCUCAAAAUGAACUAAACAUUUCUGCCUCUAGACGUCCUGAAAAUAAUGAAAGGCGUACUUUAACCAACGUUUCAAGUUCCCUCGAUGCUCCGAGUCUCAGGAAUGGAAUUAAUCUAGAAUACACCUCUGAAAAUCAGUUGAACACCUCAACUCCAUCUGUUUCACAAGCACCUGGACGCUCUAUUGAUUUGCUGCCUGAAAGUUUUCAAGAGCGCAGAGAUUUGCAUCAGAGGGCGCCAGUGACAACGGCAGGUUGGAAUCUUGAUGCAGUUCAGUUUAGCUUGGGAAGCGAAAGACUCAACAGCACAAGACCCACAGUUAUUAGAAAUUUGACUUCACAAGGCUCUUUCCAGAAUACCCCUACUGUAUCAACAGCGCAGCGGAGCUCUUUCCGUGACUUUUUAGCUAAUAGUUUACACUCAGAACACUCAUCUGAUUCCAGUGCAAGUGAACAAGAACGCAGGGAUGAAACUCAAAGUUUUGUAAAUCUAGGUUACUCACCUGGCAUUUCUUCCUUCUUCAGAAAUGAGGGACUUCCCUCCACAAGUUUUUCUAGGGUUUCAAGUCUUAGAGGUGGAAAUGCUUCAAGGAUGUCAAGACAGUCACCUCCAUCUUAUAUUGAUUCAGAUGUGACAAAUCAGUUCAAUCAUCCAACUGAAGAAAUUCGCAGAACACUUUACACUCUUUCAGAACAUAUAGAUGAGAUGCAACACUGUCCUGUCUGCUUGCCUCGAAUGACUAAUUCCCGUUUAAGCCACAUCCAACAAUUAUGGGCAGAACUGAGGGACCAGAUCCGUUCUCUGCAGUCCAGUAUUUUGGAAAACACAAAUUUAGCAUCAAAUGCCUGGCACCGAUCCUCUUUUGAAGUUAUCACCGAAAUGCUUUCACAUUUAACUCAUGGAGGAGAAGAUAGCCCAUCAGUAAGAACAUCUGAGAAUUCAAAUAAUUUCCCACCUAGACAAUCUUCCCAAUCCACUCCAAGAUCCACAUCAAGUACCAGUUGGACUACUGCAGUUUCCCCCUCAAGACUGACACCAUCCACACCACUGAGAUCAAGCAGUUUAUUUCCAAGAGAAGAGUCUUCUGCAUUAUCCUCACAUCAGCCUGUGCCUUUAACCACUGCUUCUUAUUCUCAUAUCAGAGGUGUGUCUACUCCCCUUAGUUCGAGAUCCACUCCAAGAGGCAUUAAUAACAGGAGUUUGAUCAGACCAAAUCAAGCACGAAGAUUGCUAUACCUAAAGUGUCAAAAUGGCCAUGGUCGAAGGCUUGGCACUACAGCAGGAGCUCUGAGGUCACAAAGAACUACACCUGUUAGGCUUACACAAUCUGCUCACUUGCAAAAUGGUGAGAGAAACUCUGAGCAGUUACCUUUAAACUUGGGAAGAGAAGCAUAUGCUAGUGGAAGAAGUGAUACAACCCAAUCUGUGGGACAAAGAUCAAAUUCAGAGGUUGUGCCUGAUUUAAAUGUUGGAGGAGAGGAUUCACCAGUAAGGGGUGACCAAAUACAAAUGAGAACCGAUGGCCUGUCAAGUCUUAACCAAACUCCUGGUGUCAAUCCUAGCUCUACACCUUGUCAUCAAUUACAAAAGUAUAGAUUUUUCUUAGGCAGGCGGAGAAAUGCCACUUCAAGGCACUUUCGUAACAAUUCAUUAAGAGGGGUCCAUCGUCCUUCACGAACUACUCCACCAAGAUUUUUCGGAGGGAGACGAAGUGUAUUGGAAGUUUCUGUGGACCAUGGUGCUUCUGAUUCCCACACACCACCUGCAAGAAAUGUUAGAGCAAACAAUCAAUCAUCUGUGAGGACAUCAGAUAACAUGCUAAUGAGGAUUUUUCGAAGCUUGAGAAGAGCUGCUACUUUGUCAGGUCGUUCAGAAAGACAAAACUUACACCAAGACCAGCCUUCACAUGUUGGUGAUGACGCAAUACCAAGACAAAACCCACACCAAACUCAACCUUUCCAACUUAAUAAUGGUGCAGAGCCACAGGAACGAUCAACAGUCACACCUGGAGAAACUUUAAACAACAUCUCGAGUCAAAGGCCUACAUCAACGGAUCUUCUGGAACAAAGUGAAAACCCAUCAUCUGGUUUGCGGCUAUGGACACAAUAUAGUGGACCUGAUGGUGAUGUGUUGCAUAUUCGUCAUCCUCAACUAGAAAGAGUAGAUCCUGCUGUUCAGGAACGUCUUCUGAGAAUCCGCUCCAGUGGCAAUAUGAAUGUGGUUCAAGAUGGUGUAAUGACUGAAGAGUUAGCAAGAAAUCUAUUGCGCUUGCAUCUUCAUCAGCAAAACCAAGAGUUACAACUCCGACAACACCAGGCUAGACUACGAGUUCGUUUUCACCACCAAAGUACACUUCGGACUUCUGGUCAGGCUCAGAGGGAUGUACCUCGUCGUCAUGCGCGUUGUACGCUGUGCGGUGGGUCAGUUUACAUCAGUUCACAUUUCCUUGUUCGAGUGGGCACUGCAUCACAGGAUCCACCACCAGCUCAUAUGUCAUCAAAUGCAACUCCAGUUUGGCACAGACGGGCAGCUCCUUCACCCGCACCCUCAUCCCGACCUCCUCCUCCCCCACCACCCCAACCUACAGCUCAUAUCUCAUCUUUACCUUCCUCAUCUUCCACACCUCCAUCUCUGUGGCAACAAGAAACACAAGAAUUAUUGCAUUCAGCUGAGAGAAUAACUACACCUCCACUACCUCAGUCACCAGGACAAAUGUCGACAUUGCCAGUGCCUUUGCAAGAUAGUCCCUAUCCAGCACAUCCUCCACUUCAACCUCCUUUGGUGCGACCACAUCUUUUCUUUGAAGACAUUGAUGAAAAUGGAAGAUCCCGUCCCUCACCACUGCAGCCUACUCCACUACUUGAAACUUCAGCACAAUCUAGCACAAUAGUACAAUCUCUUCCUUUACAACAAGUAAAUUCUCGUCCUGAUAUCAUAAGAGCUGGAUCAGGAGUUUUGUCACCUCCUCAGUUAUUAUUAGGUCUUCCUCCUUCUCCUCCUCUGCCAAUGCCACCAUCGCCUCCUUCUCCCACAUUGUCUGUCCUUUCAUCAUCACCAAUAUCUCCUCCCCCCCUUCCUCCCCCUCCCCCACCAUUAGUAGCGUCCCCUAUGAUGCCUCAGGUUUCAACUCAAACAUCUCCAAGAUAUUUUGAAGGUGAUUCUCUCAGCAGUGCCACAAGAUUAUCAAGCCAAAGAAUUGAUUAUUCAGGUUCAGCUUCGUUAUUUUGGCAAGUUCCUGCCAGCAAUCAUCGACACCAUACUAGUCAACAGAAUUCACCAGGGCGUCCCAGGGGAAACUUACUCAAUCAACAACAACAAUCUUCAUUAUUCAGUGAGAGCUCUUCCUCUCCCCUUCGUGCCCGUCCGUCUGUUACAGCCACACCUGUUAUUCCAGAAGCUCAAAAUAUAGGUAUCAACUCUGGUUUGGAUGUCCAGCCAACAAACAUGCCUUCAACAAGUUCUGGAAUAAGUUCAGGGCAUGGGAGCCUGGAGGAAAACAGGCCUCAUCGUCCUCACGUUCUUGGAGACUCAUCCUCAAGUGAUUCUGAAACUGAAGGUUUAGUUGCACAUCUCCGAAAUAGAAAAAAAAGUCGGCUUCAAUUUUCUAAAUGCAAUGGUGAGCAAGAAACUAGAGCAAAUGCAAGCUAUCUGAAGUCUGUCAACUCAGAUGACAAUCAUUCAUGUGAAAAUGAAUGUGGGCCUGGCACUAGUUCUAACUCUCUUUUAACUACCUGUGAUAGUUCUAGUAGUUCCAGUAGAAGUCAGUCGUUGAAAAGAAAGGGAGAAGACAAUUCUGGACUAACUUCAAAAGUAAAACCCUCAGUUAAUUUUACUUCUUCUAGUAAUUUAGAAAGCUUAGAAACUACAGAGGCAGAUAGGCAAACUAAGAAAAAGAGCAAAGAAGUAGGGAAUACUUCAAAGACUGAGUUACAAAAGAAGAAAAAUCCUGCUACUUCACAGAAUUCCCAAACAAAUGUAAGUGAUCAGAGAGAAGCAGCAUCUAGUAAUCAAAAUGUAGAACCAGAACCAUCAAAUUCAAGUCAAGGAGCAUCACCAUUACAACAGCUACCAGAGCCAACUUUUACUCGACAACUAGAGGCAAUAACAGGCAGACUGGAUCACUUAAUGUUUCUACAGCGAAAUGCUCUUGAUCCCUCUCAAAGAAAUCGAAAUGGACAGACUCCAGAUAACUCACCUCUUAGAAAUGCUGGAGAUUCCUCUCACUCUUCCCAAGAACACAAUGGAUCUUCUGACGCAAUUAACAUUACAAGUCGCUUAUUGACCCGUCUGACAGAAUCCUUGUCACGCCAAAUUCAGAUGGUUCAGCAAGUAAGGGGCCAACAGGGAAACUGCGCUGAGCAUCAAGAAUCCCCUCCAAGAUCAGGCGCAGAUCGACAGUCAAAUUUUACCAUGAUAAACAACACAAGAAGACGCGGCCAAGAACUUUUGAGCUUAAUGGCUGACAGCUUGUCCACAUUCUCAUCUCAUAGUGGCCUCCCUGAGGAUUUCAGAAGCAACCCCACAUUUGACCAUGUACAAACAAUAUCUGCUGCAUUUUGGCUUCUUCAAGGUCUCUACAUAUUGCUGCAUUUGGCUUUGGAACUUACUGACCUUUUGUUGACACACUUUGUUUCAUCUUAUGAACCAAGUGACCCUGAAGAGGGCUCUACUACACCGAUUCCCCAGCCUUGUGUUUGUUUAAACUCAAGUGCCACAUCUACCUCGCAAUUGCUCUCUAGGCUACCCGUCAGCUCCUCUAAUGUGUGGAAUGUGUCAAAUGGAUCAGCAGGGACGUCAAAUCCUCGACCAUUUGGACCAGUUACUAUGAAUUCAGUUUAUGACUCACUCCGUUCAAACACUCGUAUUCCAAGACCUCCUUUCACAAACAGCACACAUCGAGCUCAACCUAAUACCAAUGAAUCAUCAAGCUUGUCUAGUUUUUCAACUGUACGAAGACCACGACUGGUCAAUUUGCAUAAUGUUUUAGCAUCAGCCAGACCUCAUAUCAGAUCUCCACCUGUUUUGGAGUCUUACUUCAGAUCACGAAGAAAUCUCCAAAAUGAAUCCCCUGCUAUUGUCCAGAUACCAGUAAUGCCAGUUCCUUCUUACACUCCUCAGGUCAACAAUGAGCCCUCUGCAGAAGGAUGGCAUCCACCUGCCACUUACGCAGUAGUACAUCCAAUUGCAUCAUCAGGUACAAUAAGAAGAAGUGCUUCUCAAGCACCCCGUACAUCUGUUGCCCAGUACUUUCAGCAAUCAGAUAAUAUCAUACCUCCUGCUGGACAUACAAGACCAGGUUUUAUGCGCCUGCGAUCUCGAUUAUUGCAUCCCCCUCUUCUACGUCAACAAGAAAGACCAUCUCCAUCAUCUGAUGCGGAUACUUCGGCCCAGCAGUCCUUAUUUUUUCAUUAUGACUAUACUCGUAAUAUUGGCCACUUUGUUCGUGAACCAAACUUUACAACUGAGGAGCAUAGAAUUCAUAGAAUACAACUUUGGGAUUUCUCCAAAGGAGAUAUUCCUGAUAUAUCAGAUGGUGAUGAGAAUAUUGUUGUGGCUGAGUGUAAGAUACACAAUGAUGCAAGUGUGGACAUAUCAGCAGAUGGCCAUUUGUUGGUAGCUCUUUUACCAGCUCCCCGACCGACAGCUAAUCCAUAUGUACCCACCUCGCCACCAGGACAAACUAUUGGAGUCUACAGUCUUGUCUGGGAUUCAUUAGGUCAACUUCUGUACACUACCAACCUUGAUCAACCAGCUGUUUCAGUUGCUUUAUCACCUUCUGCAGCAUACCUACUUGUGGGACUAGCAACACGUAGGGCCAUGUUGCCUAUGCCAAGUGAUCAGAAUGCAUUAGCACAGAUCUUUAGAUUGGAGGGAGCAAAGCCUGGUCGUCCUAUUGGAGCCCGUGGGAGACUAAAUUUUACCCGUAAUAUUGAAGCUCAGAAUGAUAAUGUGUCAGUAGGUAUCAACUGUAUUAGAUGGGCUCCUGUGUCAGGACAAGGUAUUGUUUAUGGCACUAACACUGGAUCCCUUGUGAUGUUGCGUUAAAAUGGAAUGAGUGUGUUUUUAUUCCUGUCUAGUCUUCACAGAUGCGUACCUAGUAUAUACACUAUUUUAAACUUUGUGAUGAUUAUGUGCCUAUUUUAAUCAUUUUAAUGUCUUUAAUUUUCAUUGCUUGAAUGAAGUAAACCAAAGCUGCCAAAUUUGAAGCAUUCAAAAUGAACAUAGAUUAACAAGCAUUCAUUUGCAACUUUACAAGCCACCUGCAAAUCCUUAAUCCUUGUAGAGCAAUUAUUAGAGCUCUGGGAUAGCAUUGAAUCAAAAUCCCUUCUGGUUUUUACUGCAAACUGUACAUUAAUCAAAUGUACUUGUUUCUGAUGUAAAUCUCUUUGUUUACUUUCCUAGUUGCUUUGAAUGUAUUGUCCUGAGAUGUUUUUUCGUUGUUUUUUUUACAACUCCUCUCUGUGCAUGAUCGGAGGAAGAUUUACUCUGCCUGAGUUUAGGCUUAAUUAUGCAAGCGUAGGGUCGUGAUUUUGUAUUAUCCUUCUUUGCCCGCAUUCUGUUGCAUUUUAUAUUAAAGACAUUUUAAUUUUGUUUACCUCAACAUGUGGAAACAAUAUAGUAUGUCAUUGUUUUGUAAAAUCUCUUUUUGCAUUAAAACAAGAUUUUUCCCCACAAUUAUGAAA